AUGUCAAUUCCCCAAACUCAGAAAGUCGUUUUAAUCGAUGGCAACAGCGAUACUUUUGAAGUGGUCAAAUAUGCUGAUCUGCCAGUUCCAAAGAUCUCAUCGUCUGACAUUUUAGUUAAAAAUCUUUAUGCUGGUGUGAAUUUUAUUGAAGCUUACUUUAGAAAAGGUUAUUAUCCUGCUCAAUUUCCUUAUACACUUGGUAGAGAAGCCAGUGCUGAAGUUGUUCAAGUAGGUGAUGAAGUUACUAAUUAUAAAGUAGGUGAUAAGGUCAUUUAUACUCAAGCGGGUUCAUUUGCCCAAUAUUCCAAGAUCGAUAGUAAAUCUCCAUUAAUGUCAAAAUUGCCUGAUAAUGUUACCAAUGAACAAUUGAAAUUAUAUGGUUCAAUGUUGAUUCAAACCACCACAGCUUACACUUUCGCUGAAGAAACUUAUAAUGUUCAACCUAAUGAUUAUUGUCUUGUUUGGGCAGCUGCUGGAGGUGUUGGUCAAGUAUUAGUUCAAAUCUUACAUGCUAGAGGUGCUAAAGUUAUAGCUUUAGCUUCAAGUGAUGAUAAAUUACAAUUAUCUAAAGAGUUGGGUGCUGACUAUGUCAUUAACUAUAAAACUGAAGAUGUUGUUGCCAAAGUUAAAGAAUUCACCAAUGGUGAAGGGGUUAGAGUUUCCUUUGAUUCUGUUGGGGCAGCCACUUGGCAAACAUCUAUUGAUUCUUUAGCUGUAGGUGGACAUUUCAUUAGUUAUGGUAACAGUAGUGGUAAAGUUGAUCCUAUCAGUAUCUAUAGUUUAACUCCAAAGUGUUUAACAUUAUCAAGACCUACUAGAGAUCCUUACAUGAGAUUACCUGGUAAAUAUGACUACUAUUUUGGGAAAAUUCUUGGGGAUUUAGAUACCGGAGUGUUGAAAUUACCUCAACCACAAGAAUACAAGUUAGGUGAUUAUGUUGAAGUGGCCAAAUUAUUAGAAAGUGGUAAGACAACAGGAAAGUUUGUCUUAAACUGUCAAGACAUUUAG